UAAUGCUUUAUCUAACAUUAACUGACCCUUAUUUAAAGCGAAUCCAUACAUGAGUAACAGAAAAGCUGCUGUCAUUUAAUUCCCUAUAUGGUGAAUCAGUUUAUCAUAAACACGAACUAUUGGCAUGUAGUGAUGAGAGAAACGGAGCUUUUCUAAAUUCAAAUGAGUCAAAUGCUUUACAAAACGACUCACUGAUUCAAAGCGUGUAAAUGCAACGAGAACAAACACAAACGACAACUUUUCCAUGACAACAUUAGCUGGUUUAAAAACUGCUAGUGAAGCGACUGAGAUCCACGUGACACUAUUACAAAGAUGGCGUUUAUUAAAGAGGAGAGUGAAGAAGUGAAGAUUGAAGAAACAUUCAGAGUGAAACAUGAAGAAACUGAGGAACAAACAGACCUGACGGCAUUAAAGGAGGAGAGUCAAGAACUCAAUGAAGUGGAAGAGAAAAAUCAGCAUGAGAUACAUCAUGAUUUCAUAACUGGAGAAAAAUCCACACAGACUAAAAAUAUUACCUCAAGAGCCCAGAAGACCAAAUCUAACAGUUCUAAUCUAACACAAAAACAAAACCUUGAAAUCCACACUGGAGAGAAGCCUUACACCUGUAAACUGUGUAGGAAGAGCUUCUCACAAAAAGAAAGUUUUGAGACUCACAUGAGAAUUUGCACAGAAGAGAAGCUGUUUGAAUGUGGUCAGUGUGGAAAGAGUUUCAAAUGUAAAGAAAAGCUUAAUUACCACAUGAGGAUUCACUCAAGAGAGACUUGUUUUAGAUGUUAUCAGUGUGGAAAGAGUUUCCCAGACAUGAAACACCUUAAAAUGCAUGUAAAAAUCCAUUCCGGAGAGAAACCUUUCACAUGCCACCAGUGUGGAAAGAGUUUCCAAUUCAAUAAAAAACUUGCGACUCACAUGAGAAUUCACACAGGAGAGAGGCCUUUCACCUGCAAACUAUGUGGGAAGAGCUUCUCGCAAAAAGGAAAUAUGAAGACUCACAUGAACAUUCACGCUGGAGAGAAGCCGUUCACAUGUGUUCAGUGUGGAAAGAGUUUCACACGUAAAGGAACCCUUGAUUCCCACAUGAAAGUUCACACCGGAGAGAGCCCUUACAACUGCAAAGUGUGCGGGAAGAGUUUCACAUUAAAGGGAAAUCUUGACUCUCACAUGAGAAUUCACACUGGAGAGAGGCCGUUCAUAUGUGUUCAGUGUGGAAAGAGUUUUCGAUGUAAAGAAACACUAAAGUACCACAUGAAUAUUCACUCAAGGGAGAACUGUUUUAUAUGUCGGCAGUGUGGAAGGAGUUUCACAGACAACAAUCACCUUAAGAAGCAUGUAACAACUCACACUGGAGAGAAGCCAAACAUGUGCCAUCACUGUGGAAAGAGUUUCACAAUCAAAGCAUUCCUUAAGGAACACUUAAGAGUUCACACCGGAGAGAAGCCAUUCACCUGCUCUCAGUGUGAAAAGAGCUUCACACUUAAAGUAAACCUUCAGACUCACAUGAGAGUUCACUCCGGAGAGAAGCCUUACACAUGCCAUCAUUGUGGAAAGAGUUUCAGAUUUAAAGGAAACAUUAACAGUCACAUGAGGCGUCACGUAUCUUCAGUGUGAGAAGAGAUCCAGAUAUCAAAGAGACCUCAAACAUUUACAAAAUCACCAGGGAACAAAAUUGCAGAUUUUAGAGUGUGGCAAGAGGUUUAUGAAAUAAAGCAAUUUUAAAAAAAGUCCCCUGCACAUUCACUCAUGAAAUAGUGAUUUAAUUAGGAUGUGUGUAAUAGUUUUUGCAUUACACUUAGAAAUAAGUGUAUUUCUAAGUGUAUUACUUUUUUAUAGUGUUGACUGUGUGCUUAAGGUCUUUGUCCUGUCUGGUGGGGUGAACAGCUUUAUGAAGAACCCUGGUUGUUCCAAGCUUCUUUGAUUUAGGAAUAAUGGAGGCCAAGCUGCUCUUGGGAACCUUCACUGCAGCAUUUUGGCAGUUUUUUCCAGAUCUUGUGCCUCAACACAAUCCUGUCUCUGAGCUCUGCAGGCUGUUCCUUUUAAUCUUUGUAUUUCACAUUUUAUAGAUAGGUAUGUGCCUUUACAUAUAUCCAAUUGGUUGAAUUUUGUCAUUAUUUUCAGUAUGGAUUAAAGAGGAAAACAGUUGAGCUCUUUAACAUAAGCAUGCAACAAAAGCAAAUGUGGAAAAAGCACUAAGAUCCAUGCAGUUGGGAUGGGUAUAAGAUGUUGGUAGCCAGUAAUCCACAAUGUGUGUAGUAUGAAUUUAAUCUGGAUGUAGUAAAUAUGCUGUGAUGUCAUUAUCAUGUGACCUACCAGCGUCAGUUAUCUCGCUUCACUGCCAAGUUAAAUAGAAAAUGUCCAGUAGCAAAAAAGACCUUUUAAUUACAGAUCAACAGUGUAUGAGGUAUAAUAAAAAGAACAUUUGGUUUAUGCUACAAUAAUGCUUUGUAAUUAUAAAUUAUUAAACUUUAUAAUACUAUGUGUAAUCUGUGCAGUCACACCUACUGGGUCCUUAUCAAAAGUGUAAGCGUGGCCCAAAUACCUCUGAAUCUGAAGGGCAUGUACUUGUAGUAAACUAACAAUAGAACAUAUGCUGAUCCGGAGCAGGUUAUAGCCAGGAAAUAAGUUGCUUUGGCUGCUUACCCUGAAAGUUACCUCCGUUUUUGGAACCGGACCCAGAUAUGUCACAUAACCUGCUUUCUGGAUACCACCCGAAAUGUGUUGUGGGUACUGGAAAGCUCCCGUAUGAAGUGAUGCAGGUGCUGUGAGAAAGGGUCAUGUGUCCAUUGCCGCCAAUAAUGACGACAUUGUAAAGCAUGUAAUAUGGUGGUUCAGCCUGGCAGCAGAUCGGGGAAGCUCAAGGAGCCGUCCCACCGUCAGCAUCCUGGCCAACAGUAGCCUGUUUUGAAAUGUCUUCUUUUUCAUUUAGAAAAAUGUUUUUCAUUAAAUAAAACAAUGUUAUUGGUAAAAUUU